GAGACGUUAAGGCCGACACUCGCGUCGCGCAUCUCGGCCCGACGACAUCGCACAGUCCGGUAACGCCAGGAACACGCACACACGUGUGAUCGUAGACACCCUGAUCGGCCGCUUUCUCUCCCUCCCCCUUUUUCCGCAGCGACGAAAACGCGAUCGCGGUUUCCGCGGGACCGAUUUCGCGAUCGCUCGGCUCCCAAGUUCUCCGAUUAUAGAUUCCGUCUUGAAAAUCGUCGGGCCGGCUGAUUCUCAUCGCGUUCGUCGUCAAAUCGCGACACGUGUCUCGGCGCGAUAUUAUUUGUUAUGUGUGUAGCGCGGUGGGAAGGAGGGUGAAGUGUUCAAAGAUAUAUAUAUAUUAGUAAAAGUGUGAGACCAAGACACAAAUAAGGAAUUUCGUUAAUCUGCCUCGCGGUAGGCGCACGACAGAUUCCUCGAUGCGCCCUUCGUCAGGGGGUGAGAGUCGCACGUGGUGGAAAUUCGACGAUCUCUGACAAGAGCUCCGUAGUGAGCGCAGAGAGCUGCGUAUAGUCGGUUAACAAGUGAAAAGAAAAGAUCCAUCACCGACGAAUGUCCUCGCCGAGAUUGACAAGGACCAUGAAGAAGUUUCACUUCGUUUUCAUAUGCCUGCUGGGCCUCGUCGUGAGCGACAACAGUACGAUCGGCGAUCAUUCGAUCACCUCAGAGGACUCCUCGGAGAUCAGCAACAUCAGCAACAAUCCCGCGACCGACGCCGUAGAUCAGAACGCUGGCUGGGGAGAAUGGUCAUCAUGGUCGAAGUGGUCGCCAUGUACGAGGACGUGCGGUGGUGGGAUCUCGCGUCAACAGCGUCGAUGCAGACGUAAACCGUGCAAAGGCAGAGCCUGGACCACCAAAUAUAAAAUCUGUAAUCUUGAGCCCUGCGAGAAGUCGGGCGAUCUUCGCGCGAUACAAUGCGCCGCCUUCAACAAUGUGCCAUACAGCGGACAACUGCUCAAAUGGUAUCCCCAUUACGAUCCGACUAGGCCCUGCACUUUGAUCUGCCGUGGCGAGCAAACUUUCGAGGACGGCAUUAGAAGACGGUCGCGACAGGAAGUGCCGUCGAAUAAGAGGAUGGAGUCGCACGAUUCCACGGACAGUCUGCAAUACGACAACGACGAGACGAUAGUGGUGCAGCUGGCGGAUAAGGUCGAGGACGGCACGAGAUGUUACGCGGAGAGCACGGAUGUGUGCAUAGGUGGCGAAUGUAUGAAGGUUGGCUGCGACCUUAGAGUUGGUAGUAACAAGAACACAGAUGCGUGUGGCGUGUGCGGAGGGAAUGGAUCAAGCUGCCAAUCGCGAUACUCCUGGAGUUUGGAAUCGAUAUCCGCCUGUUCCAAGUCCUGCGGUGGAGGUUUUAAGAUAGCGAUGACGGUGUGCAAAUCGGUCGGCACCGACGAGAGUGUCGUGGAGGACAGCUAUUGCGAUGCAAACAACCGGCCAGAGAAGACCCGGAUGCCGUGCAACACGCACCCCUGCACGACCAAAUGGAUAAGCGGAGAAUGGAGCACGUGCAGCGCAAGCUGCGGUGGUGGAUCGCGAACGAGGUCCGCCUUCUGCACCGAGGAAAACGGAAACGAAACUACGAAGCUACCCGACCACAAGUGCAGCGGCACGCACAAACCGCGCACUCAGGAGACCUGCAACACCGUGUCCUGCCCGAUGUGGGAAACCGAUAAAUGGAGCGAGUGCUCCGUGACCUGUGGUAGCGGAAUACGGACGAGGACGAUCGAAUGCAGAGACGGUGUUGGUGCCAUCUCCAGGGACUGCGACCCCGCGGAACGUCCUCAUACCGAGCAGGAAUGCAAGACGAGCGUCGCUUGUCCCACGUAUGGAGACGGUAUGACGCAGCCCCUAGUGCAACCGUAUCCGCUAUCCCCGGUGUCAGAGAAGUUGAUGGACCAGCCAAUACCUUCCGAAUCAACCUUCAUCGCCGAGGAAUGGUCCCCUUGCAGCGUCACCUGCGGCGAGGGUGUCAGGCGUAGGGAGGUACACUGCAAGAUAUUCCUCGAGUUCAGUCAGACCAUCGCCAAGCUGCCUGACAAUCAGUGCUCCGGCCAGAAGCCGGUCGAGACGGAGAAGUGCACGAUGGAGCCGUGCGGCUUGCUCGAAAACAGCCUCUCCUACAGGAUCGGCACGAAUGGCGAGAGCGGAUACGCCGAAUCGAGUUUGACAGAUACAUAUAGUAGUAGAUCAUCGUCGGGCAGCUCCGUCGGAAGCAGCUACGACAGCAGCAUCAAAGUUGCCCCGGGUAGCGAUGUACAGACUACGUACUCGUGGAGAGAAAGUGGCUACACCCCCUGCAGCGCCACUUGCUUAGGAGGUGUUCAGGAUCUUAUUAUAAACUGCGUGCGUGACGACACAGGGAAGACCGUGAUGCCGCUUCUAUGCACCGCGGAAACGAAACCAGAGGCAAGAAUACGAGUUUGUAACGACCAUCCGUGCCCGCCCAGGUGGAACUAUAGCGAAUUCUCUACAUGCAUGAGCCCUUGCGGUAUUGGUAUACAGACACGUGACGUUACCUGCAUCCACGAGGUGACACACGGGACUGGCAAAGCAGUGCCCGUUCCAAAUUACAUGUGUCCGCAGCCACCGCCCGCCGACAGACGAUACUGCAAUGUCUGGGAUUGUCCUAUCAAGUGGAGCACGGGGGAAUGGGGCAAGUGUUCAAGAACAUGCGGCGGUGGUGUGAAGAAGCGAGAUGUAGUCUGUGAACAAAUAAUGGCGCAAGGUCGCAAGCAGAGUCGCGAGGACCGCGAAUGUCCAGCUCAAAAACCACCUAAUGAGAAACCAUGCAAUACCAGAGCCUGUCACGCUUCCGACUCAAGUGUGCUACCAAUAAUCACCAGUUUGAAUACAACAUACAAUCAAACGGAUAUUAAUGCGAAGGUGGAUUUAAGAAUCGGCGGAAUCGCCAAGAUUUUUCAAGGGACACCUUCUAUCAAAAUUCGUUGUCCUGUCAGAAAGUUCGAUAAAGCGCAGAUCGUUUGGAGGAAAGACAACAAAGAAAUACGGAAAUCAAGAAAGUUCAAGAUUAGCAGGAAGGGAGCUUUGAAAAUAAUCGACAUAGUUUCUUCGGAUUCGGGAACUUAUGCCUGUAUUGCUGGAGAUUCGCACGCAGAGACGCAGUUGAUAGUAAAAUUUCGCUCCAAAGAGCAGAUAAGUAGUGAAGAAUAUUUACGACUCGGCAAUUCCGUUCACCUACAAAGGAAUGCAAAUCUCGAUUCUGCACCAGCGAAUUCAGGUGAAAGUCCUUACACCGAUCAUGCAGCGGUUUAUGGAAACCGUUUUGAUAGCGAAGAUCUCAGUCAUGAACGUGCGAUUCCUAGCAAACCAACGAGAAAACCACAAAAGAAGCAGAAAGCCAGUCCUGCUCCGUCAGAUGCCACAGUGAUGCAAAAAGAACACACUGUUACUUCUUUCAAUCAGCCGGGAUAUCAUGAGUCUGUGGAAUCACCCGCUCCAUCAAGUGCUUCUGCUCUUGUGCCACACAUGAGCUACUUGAUAUCGAGCUUGAAGGCCUAUUGGCCGUUUCGCAGCGAAAUAGGCACGAGUAAUAAUCACAAGGCUGCUACCACGUCAUUCGGAGAUGAACACAAAGGAUCGGCGACGACGAAGCACAGAAUGUCUAAUAGGAAGACCGACUUUAUGUAUCAAAGUCUCGAGGAUAACUUUGACAGUCUGUAUCGCAACACUGCCAUUCCCGACGAGACCUUUGGCCCAGACGAAGAACGGAUAUUCAUCGACGUCGAUCCCUAUGACCUGGACGAAUCUAUAUUCGGGCUACAACACGGCGACGGUGUUAAAUCGAUGUCCAAUGUAAUGGAGAAAGUGGAUACCGAGCUUACCACGAAGCCCGAUAUCGAUUAUAUCGAGGAGUCGCUAAAAAAUGUGAAACGGCAAUGGCAAGACUCGCGAAAUAAGUACAAAGAUCAAUGGAGUACCACGCCCAAAAGUCACGUUCAGAGCAGAGUUAUGACUGAGUCCAUCACGUCUACGCGAAAUAGUGGGGUGGAUGUGUAUUACGUCGAAGAGUCGAGCACGAGAAAGGAAAUAUUCAAGGAGGGCAGCAGUUUUGCUGACGAUAGUGAUAAGUCCAUCAAUCACGACGCUUAUGGAAACUCGAGAACUAAAGAUGCAUCGAUCACCUCGACAAUUAUGUCUAGAAGUCUCGAGGAUCAGUUAAGGAUACCGGAAUCGGACCAUCGUAAUUUAAAUCGCGCAAACAAGACAAUAGAGUAUAGUGAUGCGUUCGAAGAAGAAUUAGAUAAGCGAAAAAUCGAAUCAUAUGUAGAAAAUCACACGACAGAUUAUACAAUCGUACGAUUUCCGACUAGUAGAAAUCUGGAAAAUAAAGCGAAGGAAGAUGCGACGUUGAUAAAUGAUCGGAAGUCAAGUAUUGUUGAGGAGGAUCCUGACGAAGAUGUAAGAAACUUAUCUCGCAAUCGAGAGAAUCAUGCUGGUUCUAUAGAGAAGACCUUAGUUAAUCUAAAAGAGUCCUCUCCAGAGAAGCAACAUUCGACCGAUGAAGAUAAAUCCGCGAACGUUUUGAUCUCCACUAUAAUGAGAGAAGACAAUACAACGAAGGAUCCUGAUGUGGAAUCACUCACUGUAUUAGCUACGGACAAUGUUCUGGUGUUCGAAUGGGUCACGACCGACUGGUCAAAGUGUUCUCAAACUUGCGGAGGAAGCGGAUUUCAGAUGCGAGGUGCACAGUGUACAGUACGAUCAAUGAGAAUGGACGGCGAUUCCAAGCACAUUUCGCCAGGAUCUGUUAUCGGUCAAAAAUUAUGUGAGGACGCCGGACAUCCAGUACCCCAGAAAGUGAGACCCUGCGGAUCGGGCAGGUGUCCUCAAUGGCACACUACGGAGUGGACACCAUGUGAAACGUCAAGAUGUUUCAAUUGGAAAACAGCGAUGCAAAAACGAGACGUCAGCUGCCGCUUGGCGUACGACACGGAAGAGAAUGGUCGAGAAAACGCCACGUUGUUGGAUCCGAGCAAGUGCGAUGAAACCACGAGGCCGUUACAAAGACAGGAAUGUUAUAAUGAGGCUUGCAAAGGCGUCUGGAAAGUCGGCGAAUGGUCGGAGUGUACCGCGUCUUGCGAAGAAGAUGGUACCAAAUACAGGAUUCUACAAUGCGUCUGGUUUGGUACAAAAAAGCCGGCGGGAAACGCUUGUAGAGAUAUACCACGACCUUCUGUGAUGAAAACGUGCAGAGGUCCGCCUUGUCCUCAAUCUCCCGAAGAUUGCAAGGACCAUUCGCAAUUGUGCAGCAGGGUGAAAGUAAUGAACAUGUGCAAGGUGCCGCUGUACAAGAAACAGUGUUGCGCAUCGUGUCGCUAAGAAUCCAAGACAAAUUGAUCGUGACUUAUUGUGACAAAAUAACGCGAUAAUGAAGUGCGCGUGAGACAGUAUGCAAAUCGUGAUUUAUAGUCGGACAAUUACCUGACAUAUGUAAACGCACCCGGGAUGCCUGUUAGUAAAUUAUGUAACGCACACGAAAGGAGUGCGCGAUAUUACUGUGAAAUAAUACAUUGCACAGUUAUUACAAUGUCCGAUUUACAUAGAUAAAAAAUAUCCAAAAAAAAGAAGUUGACCAAAACUACUUCGCUGUAAUAGUUUCCUCGUCGUAUCGUCGCGAGAACUCAUUCACCUCCUUGCCUCGAAUGUUCCUUAUGUAACAAAGAAAAACCCGCCAAUCUUAACACAGUUUAUCUAACUAAUUAAAAUCAUAAUUUUCCAACACAUAUGCCACAUAGUUUGGAACGUUUUCUUAUAAUUGUGCACGCUCAUAUAUAUUGUCCUGGUUAACAAGAAAAGACAGAAAACAAAGUAAAAAUCUAGUAUUCGUCCAAGAAAGUUGAAAGAACGUUAUAUUGUUAUGGUUUAAUGAGAAAAAGAGAGCAGUAGAGACUUAUUUGCUAUGUGCUGGAAAAGACGUUAUUGCGAUAUACCGUUGAAAGCAUCACGUUAUUAAAUGUUGUCAAUGUUGGUGCUUUAAAUCGAACGGAAAAUGGCUUUAAGCAGAAUUAUAUUCAAAUUGUAAUAAAAAUGCUAUAAAAAAGAAUAUGAAAAGUUGGAAAGCACGAGUUAAAAACAUUUAAUUUGUAUCGCAAAACAUAAUUAGAAGCAUUUCUUCUUGAAAUUUAUCUUUUACAUAUCUUCUCUACAAUGAACAUAAUCGAUUUCAUUUAUUUUUAAACGGAGAAAUUUCAUCCUUUAAGACUGAAAUGUUCGUCUCUUUGCGUAUCAUUAUUUUGGGACAUUAACAUAAACAGAAUCGCGUUACGUCUCAAAGAAAUUACCUUUACAUUCCACUAUAAAUUAGUAGAACUAUAUUUUAGCUCUGUCUUUGUAAACACGUAUAUUUAUCGAUAUACUAUCUCUCUUUAUGUUUGUAGAGUCUGAUAUAAAUUAUUGCAAACGUAAGAUGUAUUAAAAAGUUAUUUAAAAAUAUAAGUUAUAUGAAUGAAUUAUAUGCGCCUAUAAUAAACGUCCUAUCGGACGAUCUCUUAAGCCAAUAGAUCCUAAGAGCAAUAAAAAAUAUAUAAGUAUUGUAAUAUAAUAUUUUGUUAAUAACCUCUGGCGAAAAUUCGUGAACAUGAUUAUUCCGUUGUUGGUUAAAGAACUCGAUUUCAGUUACGUGUCUCUAAUCACUUCAAUCUAGAUGUUAUCACGGAGUAAUUCCGAAUAUUCAUUUAUCGCGUAUUUAUUAUACGUAGGAUUCAUCGAUGAAAUUUAUAAUUCGAUAUUUUCAAUAAAAGCGAAGUAAAGAAUUAUAGAUAUCUAUAUAUUAAUAUGAUUUGACAUAAGAUUGUGAACAGAUUUUCGCUAUCAACGAAUUUGCCUCGACACAGCUAAGCAGUUUGCCAAAACGAGCUGACAUAAAUAAAAUAAAAAUAAAUUAGAGAAUAAAAAUAUAUAUAAAUUAAAGUCAAGAGAGAGAGAUAAAAAGCAUAUUAUGAGCUACACAUAUAAAUUACCGAAAUGCACGCAUAUGUGAAUACGACUUUAUAUGUUAGUAUAUGUAUAUAUAUAUAUAUAUAUAUAUAUAUAUAUAUAUAUAUAUAUAUAAAUAAAACUAAAAUAUACAGUGAAUAACUUUAAAUACGCGGGAUGCAUCAAAAGUCGAAAUGUUUCUGUUAUUUAGUUACGCAUUCCUUAAAUAUUUAAGAAAUAAUAUACGACUUUUAAUACAUCCUAUAUACGAUUACGGCUGGCAAAUAUGUGUAAACUGCCAUCAAUUUGUCAUGUAUACUUGCCAUCUUGUAUACCACUGUCAUCUUUUAGUAAGCAUUUAAUUAAUAUUUAUCUUACGGCAAUACAUUUCCAAUGUAUUAUUGAUCGAUACGGUAUAUCACUCAAAAAGAUAACUUAUUUUCCAGUUAAUCAACGUAAUGUCAUGACAAUUCUUAAAAAGAUAAUGAGUUCUGACACAUUUUUGUAUAUAUCACGAUGUAGGUAUGUAAAAUGGCUCCACACUUAGUAUUGUACCUAAGCAUUACUGUUCAUGAUAUCUAUGUAAAUAUGUAACUGCCUAAAUGCGAAUAAAACAAGAGACUAUAUCACUGCACAUAA